AUGUCGUUCGGCGACGGAACCUGCGGGCCGGCGCUCGAUAGCUCGGCGCCCCUCUUCGACAAGGCGGCGGCCGGCGCUGGAUUUCCUCUGGAUCGGCAAUCACUCCACUGCUUGAGCAGGGCCCACUGCUAUGGACUCCAGUUGCGAUCGCCGCCGGGAGCAAUUAAUGGGCUCUACAAACCAGCCAUCCCUGAAAACGAACUGAUGGAGAGACCUGGGGAGCGUCCUUCUCCCCUGCCAGCCUCCAACGACCCUCGAAACCUGGCUCUCCUCAGCCAGUCCUGCCGUAGCUUGCGCACAAACACUCGGACCGUCCUUUGGGCAACUGAGCAUAAGACACCACCGCCACCGUCAGACACCCGCCAUCGCCCUUACUGCAGCCAAAAAAUCCAACUGAGUCAUCCAUCGAUCGCGCUCGCCAUUAUGACUGACGCCAUGCCCAGUCAGCCAUCCUCUCAUCUCCAAGACGAGCAGCAGCAGCAGCCGUCGUUCGGUCAUGGCAGUGGCCUGGCUGAGCCUUCCCCCGAGCUCGGGGCUCUGCUGAGCCCUGCCCGGCCAUGCCUGCCUAAGCCGCAAGACUGCCAACCGAGCUCCGAUCAGUCCUCGCUCUAUCCUGCGAGUGACUGCAGCGCUCUCCUGACCGACUACCUCUUCCCCGCUGCUGGCCCACAGCACCACUCGCCCCUUCGGCCCUGUCCCCCGGCCAACGAGCCUCCCCGGACACUCGAUGCUGCGUACUGUCUUCUUGCCGGCUGGGGCGAUCCUCUAAGCUCCUUCGAGCGUCUGAGCCCCUCAACCCAAGAGCAGCUGCUCGAGUCCCCGUACAAGCAGACCGAUUUGACGACUAAAAAUGAGCCCCUGGCCGGCGAGCAAUACUUGCUUCCUGGCGGCUCCCAUUCCUCCGGCGCCAACGAAGCCGUCCAGAUGGCAGCUUGUGGCGGGCCUCCCAUGGAUUCAGACCUCCCCCUUUACCAAGGCCUCCCGCAAUGGGAGUACCCGUCCAGCACACAGGAUCUCGCCCCGAUCCAAUCAACCUCACAAGCUGGUCUUGACUUCCAACCCAGUCCUUCCUUAUUAGCCACAUCCACCCAAACGCUUACACAUUCCCUUGUCAACUCAAACCAACCCAGUCCUGCCUCUGCCCAUUUCAUAUCUGCUCCUCCUAACGAACACACUCAAUCCUCCUUAGAAUGGAAUCCCGAUCCUUCCUAUCUCGUUUAUGACCCCUACACCCAGCUCAUCUUGGAGCAACACUGUGAACAAUCCAGAGAAUCCACCUCGGGCCUACCCUUCUUGGAUUACGGAACCCCAUUUGCCGUCCCGAAUUCCCCCGCUGGCCACCUGGAGCCGCGCCGUGUGUCAGAUCCAUCACCCGUGGCACCGGUUGCGCAGCGCCCUUGGGAUCCCCGCCAACGUUAUUCCAUCGGCAAUAUUCCAUGUCAUGUCUCAUUGGAAGGCAGGAUGGAUGGACCACAAUAUUGUGAUUCCCUAAAGCCGCCGUACGACUUUCCCGCCUCGUGCGCGGGCUCUUCUCGCCACAGCGACAGUUUUUCCACCACGGCCUCUCACUUCACUUCGGGCGACGUUCCUACCCCGUCAACCGCCAGUUUCGGCAACGAGGUUGCCGACCAAUGGACCCAGCUGGCGUUGCAGCAUUUCGAAGACCAGGUAGCAUCCUUCGGGGAUCUCGCCUUUUCCCAUAAUCCGUCUCUCGCCCCCCCUUGUUCUCCUCACCAAAAGUCGCCCUCUUGCCAGUCUAAAUCUAGCAGCUCUAAUUUGGCGCAGGACCCAGCUCCGUCAUCUGCCACCGGAGGAGUCGGGGCUUCUGUUUCUGAGUUAGAUACUGAAAACAGUCAAUCAGAUAUCAAGCCGGUUGACAAACAGCGAGGCAGAGCAGCCACGAUCUCUGAUACCCUGGCUCCCUCCUUAGACUCGUUUACUUCGGCAAACAGGGCGCAGUUCACGAGUGAAUAUAUGAAUGUUUUCCGCCAAGCCGGGCAGCUUCCGUUCGGUGUACCGCCCCAUCGGUCGGUCUCACCCUACGCGCCAUCCGCCGUGUACCCUCCGCAGGUCGACUUGCUGCACUUUUCCCAAGGUCCGAGCCCUUUCACGGAAUCAUUCUCCGACCCGUCAGCCGACUCCCCCCUCUUUCAGCAAUUCAGCUCGCGAGAAGGGUACAUCCAACAACAAAAUCGUCUUCGGAGAUUGACUAUCAUGACAGCACCUGCAUGGCCCGAAAGCUACAUUGGACAGCGAGCUCUCCAGCCAUCUCCGUCCUCUUCCUUCCGAGGUUAUCAUGAGCGCGCCGAGUGUGAUCUAAGCAGUACUCCCGAAAAGCCACGUGGAGAGGCUGAUAGUCGGGGCGGACUGUUGAGGAAACGAAAGAGCAUGAAGAAGCAGUAUUCGCUCACUCACAUGGCCGUAGCAGAGGAGUCUAAGCAAGAGUCCUCUGGGAACGAGAGAGGCGGAUCAGACGAGCACCUCUUCCGCGACGUGUCGUUCGAAAACUCGGAUGGGAUGAGCCCAGAGACCACCGAGCGAGGCGGGGGAUGUUCGCAAGGAAGCCGGUCGAAUGAGACGUACACUCUGAGCCGGUUCGGCGGGAUCGGCCAGGGCCAGUCGUCCUUUCCGCCCGGCUUGGACGGCUCCGUCCGCCCCUCCGAUCUCGACCUCGCCGGCGUCAUCGACGAGGCCGGCGAGAUGAUGGUCCCCUGGAAGCAGGACUUGCGUUGCGACGAGGACCUUUACACGCCGAUGUGGUGUCGCGGGCAGAACGACAAAAAGGAAGGGUUUUGCGACAUGUGCGAAGGCGGAGCAUGGUACCAUAAGCAGUAUUUCCAUGGGGUCAGCUCGACCACCGGCCAUUACUUCUACCCUCCCCGCGAGAUCAAGCGGGGCUUCUCGACGGCCAACCGGCAACAGAUCCUCGGCUUGUGCCACGAAUGCGAGGAGUGGGUCGGCUUCUCGUCCAUCAUCGGCAGCGGCACCGUCAAGAAAAACCACCAUCAGCUGCACCAGCAGCGCCAUUCUGCUGAGGAGGACGCCGCCAAUGGCCGCUGGGUCGACGCCGAUCAGAGCUCCGGAACUUCCUCAAAGAUCCCCACGCUUUGGUAUAAACAUGCUCAUAAAUGCCAUCGUCAUCAGACUUGUAAAGGCGCCAAGGGCCGCAAAAAGGCUAAACGCUCCUGA